AGACUGUACUAUCCUAAUACUAAGACAAUUAUCUCUAUUCAGAUUAAAAUAACCGUUGUCUGAUAUGGCAUAACAGUUGAGCUAAUUUAUUGGUGGCUAAUAGUACACUUAACUGUUGAGGAACUGUAAUUUGCUACAAUAUUAAUCGGAUUAAGAUUUCUUAAUUUAGCAGAAGAAUACGACGGGAGUUGGAGAAACUAUCUGCAAUCACGGAAAUAUUUUCUAUAUUCUCUUACAAUACAAAUUCAAAGUUUUCACUUUUCGGAGAUGUGGAAUAGUAAUGAGAGCCUCAUCUCAAACCAGUAGCACGAGGGUGCAGUAAAACAGGCCUGACCUGCGAAACCACCCUCACCCUCUUCGUCUCAAUGAAUCUUUCAUAUUCAAUAUCUUUCGAAAAUUUUUGAAGUGUCUCCUGCAAGAAAGAAAGACAGAGAAAGAUACACUUGAGAAGUCAAAGUGUGGAACGAAGGAAGAAUAACGCUGCCAUCAGUAAGAAAGAAAAAGAGGAAAAAAGACAGAAGUAGAAGAAGGUGAAAGUAAGAGAGAGACGGACAGAGGGUGGGUGGUGGGGGGCUCUCGGUUUAAGAGAGAGGGAGAGAGAGGAGGUCGAAGGGAGUCGAGCGAGGAGAAUGACGGAUAGCCAGCAGCAGUUUUGCUUGCGUUGGAACAACUUUCAAGCUAAUAUCACCAGCCAAUUCGAGGCCCUCAGGGAUGACGAGGACUUCGUUGAUGUCACCUUAGCCUGCGAUGGUAGGCGUCUCCAGGCGCACAAGGUUGUCCUCUCCGCGUGCAGCCCUUACUUCAAGGAGUUGUUCAAGACAAAUCCAUGCAAGCAUCCGAUAAUAUUUAUGCGAGAUGUGGAGUUUGAACACCUGCAGUCACUUUUGGAGUUCAUGUAUGCUGGGGAGGUUAACAUAUCUCAAGCAGAAUUACCCACAUUUUUAAGAACUGCUGAGUCUCUACAAAUCCGUGGCCUCACUGACUCUCAAAAUAAUCAGCACAACAACGAAAAGCAUUUGAAGACAAACAACAUACACGCAUCAAAUGGCCGUGGGCUGAUCUCACCAAAUUUGGAGGAGGACCGUAGCAAAACUCCACCAACUUCAAGUCCUCCACCAUUAAAAAGGCUGUGCAAACGAAGUGAUUCGCCUCAAAUAUCUAGUCCAGUACCAGCUCCGGCGGCCUGUGCAACUGGAACGCCACGCACACGGCCAUUAAUUGAGCCACAGGUUCAACUUGACUGUUAUAAAGAUCUCGAUAUUGUUGAGCCAAAAAUAGAAUUACCAGAAUAUGGAAGCGAUGAUGAUUGUUCUCCAAAGCAGGAGGUCAACACACUGCCAAGUGGUUUUCUUAGCCUCGAUGGUGGCAUGGAAGUUUUGCCAUCUUAUCCACCUUCCUAUCAAGGUGGAGGAGCAGGAGGAGGAGGAGGAGGUGGAGGAGGGGGUGGUGGAUCACUAGAAGGUGGGAUGCCAGGACCAUCUCAUGCUGGUAAUACGGAAUUAAAUCAAGAACAACAAGGUCGAAGGGUACGCCGNGGCAGGCCGCGGCUUGGGACAAGGGGUGGAAAACAUGGAUCCCCGUCUGUACAGGGUAAUUCGCCAUCGAGGAGUGAAUGGUUACCCUUGGAUAUGAGAACUACACCUCCUGCUGCGAUGCCUGCUUUCCGUGGUUUCGAGGAGUCCUCUUCCGACGGCGUGGUGCACUUGGGAGAGGGAAUAGCAGUUUGCGAGGAACAACUAAGGGCUGUGAAAUGGAGCGAUUACAGAAAAUUGACCCGUGGACUGGCUGCAAUUUUGUUCAGCCCCACCGAGUUGGCCACCUGCUCGGUCACAGGACAACGAUGGAGCCGAGCUGGAACUGCCACUGAAAGACCAGUGAAACCUGCGCUAGAUAAGGCCAAAGUACAGGCUAUUAUAUCCUACGUGACAUCGAGGUUUCCCACAGUCGACGUGAGCAGCGUGAAGCAAGUGUUGGCUUACAAGUGCAAGGAGAACUCGACGGCACUCAAGAUGAAAUCUAUUAGAUACAUUUGUGAGAGACAGGAAACAGAAAGAUCACCAAGGGCAAAUCCCGAAGAUAAGUGAGAGGUGGUAGAAGUGCGUUGAACGUGCAGCCAUAAUCGAACAACUUCGCAACGUUCAAUCGAAUCUGGGGACUUCUUGCGGCUUGCGACUAACCUUCUUGCUUCGUCCUCUCUCGGCAUCGACACCUUGAAAAUUACUAUUUUCGAUUAAGUUGGCACGCCGUUUAAUCUGGCCGUGGUUAAUAUGCCACAUAACCACUGAGUUACACGAAGGAUUCGCUAUUGUUAAAAAGUUCAAGAACUUGAAGGAAUCAAUGCUGCCGUGUUAAUUCAAAUAGGUGUAUCUGGUCGAAAGGUGAUUUUGAGAAAAGUGUCUUUCGCCAUUUAACAACCAGGCAUCGAUUUCACAUACGUCCGGGAUAUGAAUUGUUAUAUCUUCAGUUUUAACGCAGAUACGACUCUCUUAUUUGCUAUACACACACAGGACAACUAUUUUUCUGCUGCCUGACAGCGAUGACUUGAUUUAAGCGGAAGUUGCAGAUAUACCUUUUUGACGUAACAAAGGCAGAAUACCAAGUCGAGUUACUUCGUAGAUUGAUAUUUUACCUUCGAUGAAACAAUGCCGAGACUAUUUGGACAGUUAAAGCCGUUAUAGGAUCAAUUCGUUGAUUGCUUCAGAGUACCAGAUUAUUCUGGUACAUGAUGUAGUUCAAUUACGUGAAGAAUUAAAAAAUCCUCGAAGGUACGGGGGAAGAACGUCUCUUUGAGAAAGAACGUGACGUCUUAAAUCGCGUAAUUUCCAGAUUUCCAUAAUUUGGAUCAUGUCAAGGUUGUCCUUAUGCCUUAAACCGCCGUGUUUUAAAUUAGCACCGCUAGGAUCGGUUGAAAAUCAUACGAAUCAAUAAUAUUACUUUCGUAAAGAAUUAUUCAAAAGAAACGUACAUUCGUUUAAAAAAAAUAAUUAAAAACAUCCGACUAUCGUUAUUAAUAAUAAAUAACCGAGCCUUAAAUUUAUCAACUCCAAUUUCUGAGUGUUAAAUACAAUUCGUAAACAAAGAGCUGAUAAGAUGUAAAUAAAAUAACGAAAAGUAUCGUGAACUUAAAAAAGAAAAAGAAACAUCUAACCUAACAGCGAGAUGCUUUUAAAGGAAAAAGCAGACGCGGCCUACUUGAUAGAAAAAUCAUCUUCGAAACGGAUUUAAAAAAAAAUCGAUCUUAAUAACGAAAGAACUCGUAAUAAAUCAUAUAACUUGUAUAGGAUCAAUAAUUAGAAAUGAACAAAAAAAAAAAAAAA